AAACAAAAAAAGAGAGACCCAUUUUAACGACUAUCCCGAGCUGUAGAAGAAGAUAUGAGGGGGGUGUUUCUUCCAUGGAACCCACCUUGCUUCCACGACGCACUCCAUCUCCCUUCCGUCUCACUCCUGCCAACGAGACCCUUCUUCUUCACCCUCUCAGCCUCCUCCACCCCCUCAGCGCCCGUGGAGUCCGCGUCGCAGCUCAGCGCGCGCGAGAGGAGGCGCGCGAGGAGCGAGAGGAGGGAGACGAGGAGCGGCGCGAAGAACUGGAGGGAGGUGGUGGAGGAGAGGCUCAUGGAAAAGCCCAAGAAGCAGAAGGGCUCGUGGAUGGACGAGCUGAACCUCGACAAUCUCGCCAAGCUGGGUCCACAGUGGUGGGUCAUUCGGGUCUCCAGGGUUAAGGGAAACGACAUUGCGCAACUCCUCGCUCGCUCGCUCGCCAAGAAUUAUCCCGAUAUGGAGUUUAAGAUAUAUGCUCCAUCUGUCAAUGUGAAAAGGAGAUUGAAGAAUGGCUCCUACUCCGUUAAACCAAAGCAACUGUUCCCAGGUUGUGUUUUCUUGAGAUGUGUGAUGAACAAAGAACUACAUGACUUCAUAAGAGAGUAUGAUGGUGUUGGAGGCUUUCUUGGUUCCAAGGUUGGAAACACAAAGAGACAGAUCAAUAGACCGAAGCCAGUGUCUGCUGAAGAUAUGGAGGCUAUCUUCAGACAAGCAAAAGAAGAACAAGAGAAAACUGACCAAGCUUUUGAGCAAGAAGAGAAAAAAGCUGCCCUAGACUCUGGGAUUCGCAAUACAGAAUUAGAACCCGAUGAUAUUUUAAAUGCUAUUGUUGAUUAUAAGUCUAAAAGGGGAUCUAGAAAAGCUUCUAACCAGGUCAAAGCCACAGAUGCUUCAUCUACUCGAAUCAAUUAUAAACUCCUUGUUCCAGGUUCCACCGUUCGUGUUCUAUCUGGAACAUUUUCAGGGUUUACAGGCACCCUCAAGAAGCUGAAUCGAAAAACCAAAUUGGCCACUGUGCAUUUCACUCUAUUUGGGAAAGAGAACAUAGCAGACAUAGACGCUAAUGAAAUUGCUAUAGAGACAAACUGAUGGUAUGCUUCACGUGUCCAGCAGUAAUCAUAGAAUCGCCAGUAGUAUUGAAAAGAAAAGCUUUGAAGAGUUGCACACUGCAUGCUCUUUCAGCAUUUUUCCAUUUGUGGAUGAAGCUGGAUUUCUUUAUAGAGAAAUAAAUGCAUUCUUAUAUCUUACCUGGAGCUUACUUGUGUAUUUUGAGUCAUGCAGAAGUUAAGAAAUUCACUGCAAGUUUAGCAGGACACAGGUGGAAGCCUUUUGCUGGUGCUUCAUUCCCAAAACUGAAAUCUUAGAUGUAUACGCGCUGAAAGCCUAAAAUAUGAGGUUUGUAGUUGCAUUAUGGUAUUGCUAAUGCAGAUUUCACAACUGAAUCCCUCAUUCCCACUGGCUCUGUAAAAGGAAUUGAUAAUUUGACAUAAUGAAUGAACUUUGUGAUUAUUGAGUUAAAAAGCAUGAGUUGGAUUUGUACAACUUUGACUAAAAACAAAUUAGGAUGACGUGACGUAGUUUUCUUC